UUGAGGCGGGGUUUGCAGGACUCGAGGGGCUUUGCACGGCUGCGGGGGGGUGCAGCGCAGCCCGGCCUCCCCCGGCCGUGCGUGGCUUUGCGGAGCUCCGGCCGAGCGCGCCCGUGGCGGCGGUCGGGGCUACCCCGCGGCGGGGGCUGGGCGAGCGGUGCCGAGCUCGCCCCUCGCCGUUGCUUUCUCCCCGCAGCUCCGGCCGCCCGGGAGGAGCAGCCCCGGAGUGUGUGUGUGUGUGUGUGUGGGAGACAUGAGGCACUUGCUCCGGAGCAGAUUGGGGAGCGGCUGCGCUGCAGCCCGUGGCACCGAGCCCCAGCGAUGCACCUCCAGCUCCUCUGCCAGCCACCUGCUGCCGGGGAGCCCCAGCCAGGAGCCUGCCAGUGGCCAGCGGCGCAUGAACCCCCUCAACAUCCAGAUGCUGUCCAAGACCCUCCACGAGCAGAUCUUCCGUGGGGCCAAGGUGCACUACUCGGCGGCGGAGAUCCGGAGGAGCGUGGAGCACCUGCAGCGCCAUGACCUGUGGGGCAAGGAGACCUCGGUGCUGCCCGACGUGGACCUGAAGCUGCCCCGCAUGUACGGGGACAACAUCGACGAGCAUUUUCGCCUCCUGGCGCAGAAGCAGAGCUUGCCCUACCUGGAGGCGGCCAACGAGCUGCUGCGGUGCGAGCUGCCCCCCAUGCCCCCGCAGUGGGCAUGGCAGCUCGGCUGGACCCGCUAUGGGCCCGACGGGCAAGUGGAGGCUGUCGACUUCCCUGAGGAGCGGGCGGUGGUGUUGGACGUGGAGGUGUGUGUGGCGGAUGGCCACUGCCCGACGCUGGCCGUGGCGGUUUCGCCACACGCCUGGUACUCGUGGUGCAGCGAGCGGCUGCUGGAGCAGCGCUACUCCUGGUCCAACCACCUCACCUUGGCCGACCUCAUUCCCCUGGAGAGCCCGGCGGGCGCCGGCUGUGCUGGCAAGCAGGACUGGCCGGAGAGAGUGGUGGUGGGGCACAACGUGGCCUUCGACCGGGCGUUCAUCAAGGAGCAGUACCUCAUCCAGGGCUCCCGGGUGCGUUUCUUGGACACCAUGAGCAUGCACAUGGCCAUCUCGGGGCUGACGGGCUUCCAGCGCAGCCUCUGGAUGGCUGCCAAGCACGGCAAGAGAAAGGGACUGCAGCAGGUCAAGCAGCACAUAAAGAAAACACAAAGCAAAAUGGAGGGACCGGCUAUCACUUCAUGGGACUGGGUGCACGUCAGCAGCAUCAACAACCUGGCAGACGUGCACGCGCUCUACGUCGGGGGGGAGCCGCUGGAGAAGGAGGCGCGGGAGCUCUUUGUGAAGGGGACCAUGGCUGACAUCAGGAGUCACUUCCAGGACCUGAUGUCGUACUGUGCCCGUGAUGUCCAGGCCACCCAUGAGGUGUUUCAGGAGCAGCUGCCGCUCUUCAUGGAGAGGUGCCCCCACCCCGUGACGUUUGCAGGGAUGCUGGAGAUGGGGGUGUCCUACCUGCCAGUCAAUGGGAACUGGAAGAGGUACCUGGACGAUGCUCAGGGCGUCUAUGAGGAGCUGCAGAAGGAGAUGAAGAAGUCUCUGAUGAACCUGGCCAACGAUGCCUGCCAGCUGCUGCAUGAGGACAGGUACAAGGAUGACCCCUGGCUUUGGGAUCUCGAGUGGGACACGCAGGAGUUCAAGCAGAAGAAGAAUCCGGGGAAAAAAAAGAAGGAUGGGGACAGGAACAACAAAGCCUCUGCGGAAGUGGCGGGCGCAGACGGAUCAGCACAGGAGUGGCAGGAAGACCCUGGUCCCCCCAGUGAGGAUGAGGAGCUGAAAGCCCCUGCGAGCCAGGUCUGCCUGGAGCGUCUGAAGGAGACGGUCGCGUUGCAGCCCAAGAGACUCCAGCACCUGCCAGGCCACCCGGGCUGGUACCGCAAGCUGUGCCCGCGCCUGGAGGAGGCGGACUGGGUGCCGGGGCCCAGCCUCAUCAGCCUGCAGAUGAGGGUGACCCCGAAGCUGAUGCGCCUGGCCUGGGACGGCUUCCCCCUCCAUUACUCAGAGAAACGUGGCUGGGGCUACCUGGUGCCGGGGCGGCAGGACAAUUUGCCAGCAGCCUCCUUGGGGGAAGAGGGCCCUUCCUGCCCGCACAGGGUGAUCGAGUACCUGUACAGGCAGCACUGCCUGGAGAAAGGCAAAGAGCAGCCCCCGGGGCUGCAGGCUGCCGUGGAGGACGAGCUGCUGGUGAUGGAUGGCAGCACGAUAUGGCAGAAGAUGGAGGAGCUGAGCCAGCUGGACUUGGACAUGGAGGAGAAAAUGGGCAGAGCAGACCAGAGCCUGGCACAGGAGAUGGGUGAGCUGUGCAGGCCAGUGGAUGUGAAGAGCCAUCCCUCGUACCACCACGGUAAUGGUCCCUACAAUGAUGUCAACAUCCCUGGGUGCUGGUUCUUCAAGCUGCCUCACAAGGAUGGAAACGAUAACAACGUGGGAAGCCCUUUUGCCAAGGAUUUCCUGCCCCAGAUGGAGGAUGGCACCCUGCGGGCCGCCGUGGGCCGCACCCACGGGACCAGAGCCCUCGAGAUUAAUAAAAUGAUCUCAUUUUGGAGAAACGCUCACAAGCGGAUCAGUUCCCAGAUGGUGGUGUGGCUGAAGAAGGGGGAGCUGCCUCGCGUGGUGACCAGGCAUCCCGACUAUAACGAGGAGGAUGAUUACGGAGCCAUCCUGCCGCAGGUGGUGACCGCGGGCACCAUCACCCGCCGGGCGGUGGAGCCCACGUGGCUGACGGCCAGCAACGCCCGGGCAGACCGGGUGGGCAGUGAGCUGAAAGCCAUGGUCCAGGUGCCGCCUGGCUACUCCCUGGUGGGUGCGGACGUGGAUUCCCAGGAGCUGUGGAUAGCCGCUGUCCUCGGCGAGGCACACUUCGCCGGCCUGCACGGCUGCACGGCCUUCGGCUGGAUGACUCUGCAGGGGAAGAAGAGCAACGCGACAGACCUGCACAGCAAGACAGCCGCCACGGUGGGCAUCAGCCGGGAGCACGCCAAAGUCUUCAACUACGGACGCAUCUACGGGGCCGGGCAGCCCUUCGCCGAGCGGCUGCUGAUGCAGUUUAACCAUCGGCUGACGCAGCAGCAGGCACGUGAGAAGGCUCAGCAGAUGUACGCCGUCACCAAGGGCGUCCGGAGGUUUCAUCUCUCCAAAGAGGGGAAGUGGCUGGUGAAGGAGCUGGGCCUGGCUGUGGACAGGGCAGAGGAUGGAUCGGUGUCGGCCCAGGACAUUCAACGAGUCCAGAGAGAAGCUCUGAAAAGGUCCUGGAGGAAGAAGUGGAACAUAGUGGAGCACCGAGUGUGGGCUGGAGGCACCGAGUCCGAGAUGUUCAACAAACUGGAGAGCAUUGCCUUAUCCCCGUCCCCGCAGACCCCGGUGCUGGGCUGUCACAUCAGCAGGGCCCUGGAGCCCGCCAUGGUCAAGGGGGAGUUUCUGACCAGCAGAGUGAACUGGGUGGUGCAGAGCUCGGCUGUUGACUACUUGCACCUCAUGCUGGUUGCCAUGAAGUGGCUCUUUGAGGAGUUCGACAUCAACGGGCGCUUCUGCAUCAGCAUCCACGAUGAGGUACGCUACCUGGUCCAGCAGCAAGAUCGCUACCGCGCAGCCCUGGCCCUGCAGAUCACCAACCUCCUCACGAGGUGCAUGUUUGCCUACAAACUGGGCCUCCAGGAUCUGCCACAGUCAGUGGCUUUCUUUAGCACAGUGGACAUUGACCAGUGCUUAAGGAAAGAGGUGACCAUGACCUGCACGACGCCAUCAAAUCCAACUGGGAUGGAAAAGAAGUACGGCAUCCCUCAAGGAGAAGCACUGGAUAUCUAUCAGCUAAUUGAAAUAACCAAAGGUUCGCUGGGGAAGAAAUGAUGACGCUAGAGUGCCAGAAUGACAAUUGUCCAGAGUGCGUGCCACGGCCUGUCUGUCCUUUCAGAAGAUCUUUUGGCAGGGACCGAGCCUGGUCAUUUUGUUCCCUUUUUGCUGUAAGAAGGGAUGUUCCUGGGAAAGAUUUUGAUCGCAGCACAUUUGAAUAGCAGAGGCGCUUUGGAGGGCAGCAGCCAGCUGUAAAACCUGAGAGGGGGGCCAGAAUUGCUGCUUUACGUGCCCAUGGGCAUGAAGGAAGAUGUCACAAGCAGUUGGCCAGAGAAACAACAAACUAUCAUCUCUGUAGAGGCAGCUCUCGGAGCCCGGGGGCAGGAGGCAGCAGCAACCCCAGCUUUACUUUUUUCGCCGUCUCUUCUUUUGGGGUUCCUGGUUCUCAUCCGUCUGCUCUGCGGUGCCGCUCUGGAGAGGGAGUAGCAGUACACAGUGUAAUUGUUUUUGUGUGAUUUAGUCUAAGGAAUGUAUACCUAAUGCAAGAAACCAGAUGUGGAGAACAGGAUUUAGCUCUUUCCUCCCUAACAAAAUGACCCUGCCAAGGGACUCCUCCGGCCUGCUGAGACUCCCCAUAGGCCUCCCCCCCCCAAGUCAUGCUGGAACUUAGACCAGAGGUUAUGAACAGCACAGGACAGGGACUGUUUGUGCUGGAUUUUAGUUUGUUGAAACACUCAGGAAAAUACGGACAGAAGCACCAAUAAAAACCUGGACAAUCA